UCGUGGUGUGCGCGGGAGGAGAGUGGCUCUCUCCGGACCGCUCUGUGUGAGCCGUGGGGCGCUCCGUGUGAGCUCCUCCACGCAAUCAUUUCUGGAGUAUCGCGGUUCUGGUCAUAAGCAUGGACUCCACUACAUUCUAUGCGAGUUUCACCCACCCCACUCUUUCUGGAGUAGGAGAUGCGUUAAGUACAUCAGCCAGCCCUGUGUGUGUGUGUGCUGUGGGAGUGAUGCGUGUGCAUAUUGUCUCGCGGUAAUGUGUGCGUGUGUGGAGCGGUGGUGCAGCGGUUGACGAACUCAUCUUUGUUCGAUUGCCGGCCACGGCCCUGUACCUCCCCAAGAUCAACUCAGCCUUAAGCGAGUACAGUACCUAGUUCGUCGUGUGUACACAACAGCGCUGGGGAAACAAAGGCGUCCGGGCGUGGUUGCUUGACCUCGCCACGCAAGGUACUCGCGGACAGCCCUUGCCCCAGCAGUCAGAGUCUACACGAGUCUACUAAACCUUUGUCUUUGUUUCCCGAGUGUGGAGGAGAGGGCGGCGGCAGCGGCGCUGGUGCAGAACACCGCCCGCGCCUUCGGUAUUUUCAGAAGCGCUCUUGGCCCGGGGUGGGGUUCGGGUUGGGGGGGGGUGACAGUUCGGCCGUGUGGCAGCGCGCAGGGCAGCAGGAGGAGGCUGCUGCGUCUGUGGAAGGAAGCGAGACGGGCGAGAGGCAGAGAGAGAGAGGGCGGACGGGGGAGAGGCGAGGGGUAGGCGGUUCCUCGCCGGAUCAAGAUAGCGGUGGGUUCCUGCCGCCCUCUCUAUCUCGCGCUCGCCCGUGUGAGAGAGGCGAGGGAGGGAGAGGCGAGGGAGGGAGGGGAGGACGGGAGGGAGGGAGGCUCGAGAGAGGAUGGAGGGAGCCUUCCGCCGAAUGCUCGCAUCGCCUGCCAGCUAGCCGGGCUCUGGGAGCGGGCCGAGCGAGCUGAGCGGUGAUGCAAUGCACUCCCAGCUCCAGCUCAGAGUCUCGGGGCCACGGUGAGAGACUCGCAGAGCCCCGGGUCAGCCGCUGUGCGAACUGAGGCAGAGGGCGGCUGCCCCCCUCCUCCUCCAUCGCCCCCCGCGGUUCAUCCCGCGCCCGGCUCGCGACACAACAGCAGCCCAGGGUCUCUAUCCCUGUGGCCUUUAGUCGCGGCGGUUGUGUGAGUAGUGGUUGUAGGUGGCGGUGGUGCCGCGCGUGGCACUCUGGCUGUAGACGUGCUGGGAGCUCUGCCGCUACGAGAGGGUGGGGAGGGAUUUUGGAGCGAGGAGCCGGGAGACGACAGGAGACGCGACCGAGGAAAGCGACCUCCUCUGGGGUCUCCCCGCGUCUCCUCCCAGUGGGCAAGAUGAACGUGCAGCGCUCCCUGCCCAUCGCCAUCGCCCGCCCGGGUCCCCACGCGCGCCACAAGACCCACGGCGGAGACCCGGCCGACGAUUCGGGGCCGCCUCCCGGCGCUGGCGGCUGGGCUCGGCGCAGCUCCUCCGAGCAGCAGGGGUCCUCCUCCUCCUCUCAGGCGGCGCUGAGCCCCGGUCCGUUCCCCGGCAGCCUCGGCUCGCCCACGCCGCCGGGCACCCCGGGCGCCUUCGUCUGCGCAUCGCGCAUCGGCCACUACGUGCUGCUCGAGCCGCUGGAGGGACAGAGGAUGCUGAGGGCGGUGAACACGCACACGGGCAGGGAGCUCGUCUGCAAGGUUUUCGACGUGGCGAGCUACCGCGACUCGCUGGCGGCCUACUUCAGGAUUCCGCCGCACGAGAGCGUGGCGUGCGUGGACGAGGUGCUGCUGGGCGAGCACUGGGCAUACGCCUUCCUGGAGCGCGGCUGCGGCGACCUCCACUCGCACGUGCGCGCUUGCAAGCGGCUGCCCGAGGAGGAGGCGGCGCGCCUCUUCCACCAGGCCGUGUCGGCCGUCGAUCACUGCCACCAGCACGGCAUCGUCCUGCGCGACCUCAAGCUACGCAAGUUCGUCUUCCGUGAUGAGGACCGGAUGCGCUUGCGACUCGAGGGCCUGGAGGACGUGUGCGUGCUGCACAGCGACGACGACUCGCUGGCCGAGAAGGUGGGCUGCCCGGCCUACGUGAGCCCGGAGAUCCUGACGGCCGGCGGCUCGUCGGGCCGCUACUCGGGCCGCGCGGCCGACGUGUGGAGCCUGGGCGUGAUGCUCUACACCAUGCUCGUGGGCCAGUACCCCUUCCACGAGAGCGAGCCCACGGCGCUUUUCGCGCGCAUCCGCCGCGGCCAGUACGCGCUCCCCGAGGCGCUGUCGCCCAAGGCGCGCUGCCUCAUCCGCGACCUGCUGCGCAGGGACCCGAGCGAGCGGCUCUCGGCGCGCGACAUCCUCCACCACCCGUGGUUCGCCUGCGACUUCUCGGCGGCGGCGGCCGUCGCGGCCAGAGAGCCGGGCUGCGGGCAGGACGCGCACUCCGACCAGCUGGUGCCCGAGGGCCUCGCGCACGACGGAGAGGAUCCCUUCUUCGGUUAGCGGCGACGGGGGCUGAGGGCAGGUGUGAAGGAAGACCGAGGAAUCCCACGGACGUACCGCACGAGAACUGCCGACAUGAACUCUGUGAUUGUGUCCGGGCUCCAGGGUGCCUUGCCAAUGGAAAUAGGAGUUUGAAUCACGGCGCGAAUAACACUUUAGCGAGACGACCGGGAUAACAAACAAAAAAACCUGUAAAAAAAUGUGUGUGUGUGUGUGUCUCCUGUUUUUAGCACAAACACGGUGCUCACCAAACCACUGAUGGUAUCGAGAGAUGGGAUCGCCACUGCUCAUGGGUAGAAGAUGAGCUCUGCGAGAAGUGUUAUCUGAAGCUAGCCCACACUCGCCCGUUUCUUAAAUUUGCACAAUUUACCUGAAAAAUGGCAUUACUUGAUUUUGUUUUAACAUUCCAGGAAAAUAAGUGAAGCUGAAAAUUUAGACAAAAAUUCUGAAACAUAAAUCAGGAAAAAUCAGAGCCACUACUGAGUACAAGGGGGGGGGGGACCGACCUUUGGGUACAGCUCAUCUCACUCAGGAAUUAGGUUCAAGUCGUCAGAGAAAACAAUCAUCACGCAUCCAUGAAACAUCUCAUUAAAGCUGCUGUGUCCAUUAUUAGAGAGCGAAGGCAUUUACCUGUCUCCUUUGUCAUGUUUGUACGUUACAUUAACGCUGGCUGAGACAAAAGGUGAUAGCACUCUUGAAAGAUACGCAGAAGGCAAAUUGUCGAGAUAAACGUCCGUCUGCUCCCCGCCCGCCGUUGCCGAACUCUCGAGCUCCCUCGCACCCUGCUCAAGCGAGAGUGCCUUGAAUCUCAAGGUCCUUCUUCAUCUCGGUCUCGUUUGAAGUAAAGUUAGCGGCGGAACGGUGAUUGGGUCGCGUGUUGGAAUAAUUCAAGAAAAAAUAAAAUCCGGAGCCGUAAAAGUGGAGGGCGUUAAAAAAGACACGCGGCCGAGAAUGUUUUUUUGCAGAUCAAGUUUACUGAUGUUUCAACCCCCGUAAAUGUAUACAGCGUAGCACAUUGAAGAUACGAAU